GAGGAGCCGGUGCAGAGCGGGCGGCGGCGGCAGCAGUGGAGGCGGCGGCUCCUGCCGGCAAGGCACGGCGCGGCGCGGGGCUCGGAGGUGGGAUCCAGCAGCGGCGCUCGCUCCGCGCUGCCUGCCUUGCUCCCUGCCGGGGGCGGUCGAGGGCGCGGCACCUAGGCACCGCGGCCUGAGGGUGCGAUGGCUGCUUCUGUCCCGUGGGCCUGCUGUGCUGUGCUUGCUGCUGCUGCUGCUGCGGUCGUCUACGCCCAGAGACACAGUCCACAGGAGGCACCCCACGUGCAAUACGAGCGCCUGGGUUCAGAUGUGACGCUGCCCUGUGGAACCGCCAGCUGGGAUGCAGCAGUGACGUGGCGAGUGAAUGGGACAGACCUGACACCCGACCUGCUCAACGGCUCCCAGCUCGUGCUUCAUGGCCUGGAACUGGGCCACAGUGGUCUCUACGCCUGCUUCCACCGUGACUCCUGGCACCUGCGCCACCAAGUCCUGCUACAUGUGGGCUUGCCGCCUCGGGAGCCUGUGCUCAGCUGUCGUUCCAACACUUACCCCAAAGGCUUCUACUGCACCUGGCACCUGCCCACCCCCACCUACAUCCCCAACACCUUCAACGUCACUGUGUUGCAUGGCUCCAAAAUUAUGGUCUGUGAGAAGGACCCAGCCCUCAAGAACCGCUGCCAUAUCCGCUACGUGCACCUGUUCUCCACCGUCAAGUACAAGGUCUCCAUAAGUGUCAGCAAUGCCCUGGGCUCCAACGCCACAGCCAUCACCUUCGACGAGUUCACCAUCGUGAAGCCAGACCCUCCAGAAAACGUGGUGGCCCGGCCUGUGCCUAGCAACCCUCGCCGGCUGGAGGUGACCUGGCAGACCCCUUCAACUUGGCCUGACCCUGAAUCCUUUCCACUCAAGUUCUUCCUACGCUACCGACCCCUCAUUCUGGACCAGUGGCAGCAUGUGGAGCUGUCAGACGGCACAGCGCACACCAUCACCGAUGCCUACGCUGGGAAGGAGUAUAUCAUCCAGGUGGCAGCCAAGGACAAUGAGAUUGGGACAUGGAGUGAUUGGAGCGUGGCUGCCCAUGCCACACCCUGGACAGAGGAGCCACGACACCUUACCACUGAGGCCCAGGCCCCGGAGACCACGACCAGUACCACCAGCUCACUGGCACCCCCACCUACCACGAAGAUCUGUGACCCUGAGCUGGGCGGCGGCAGCCCCUCAGCACCCUUCCUGGUCAGUGUUCCUGUCACUCUGGCUCUGGCUGCUGCCGCCACCACCAUUAGCAAUCUCCUGAUCUGAGCCCGGAACCCAGUGAUGACACGACUGAGCACCUGCAGAGGAGCAGAAACCGGAGCUGAGCCCACAGACCCCAGUUUCGACUUUGCACAUGGGCAGGAGGACCUUUUGCAUUCUCUUCAGACACAAUUUGUAGAGACCCCGGCGGGCCCGGGCCUGCCGCCCCCCAGCCCCACCACACCGGCCCUCUCCCCUUCUCGGGAGGAGGACCAUGCAGCUAACCCACCCACCAAAGACCCUCUCCCACCCUCGGGCUGGACCCUCCAAAGCCAGCGACUCCCAGGAGCCCUUGGGGGUCUGAGGGGAACCCCUCACACCCUCAGUUUCUCCUGCCUCGGCCUCCUGUCUGUCCCAGGGUCUUUGUUGCCACCAUCAGAUUAUAAGCUCCUGACGCUGGGGGGGCCCAGCCAUUUCCCUCCCCCCAGUGCCCAUACUUUUCAGUCCCCCAACCUCUGCCCAUUUUGUACGACCUUCCUCUAGGCCCUACUCCUACCCACAGUAUUUAAUGCCCUGUCAGUCCCUUCUAGUCUGACUCAAUGGUAACUUGCUGUAUUUGAAUUUUUUAUAGAUGUAUAUACAGGGGUGGGAGGUGGGGGGGUUCUCAUUAAAGGUCACCAUUUCAUGAG